CCUUGCACAAAACUCGAAUUUUUCACAACGCAUAAUAAACUAGGGUUGUCUGUGCGGCCACACUUAAGUCCCUUCCAGGAGGUCCGUGCUGCCAAGAUACUGCUCGCUCGGUUCCGCGAAGGUCAAAGGAGAGCGCAAAGUAGGGCCAUUAUGCCCUAUUCUCCUCGCCGCCUGCCAUGGACGCUGCCGCUGCCAUCACCACUGCCAACAUUGUCUACCGUUUGGCUGCAACUUCUGGUAUUGCCCCGAGUAUGCGCUUAGCCGACCAAGGUUCGAGGUGCUGCUUUGGUCGUACGCGAGGCUUAGGGUUGUCUGUGAACCAAAGAAAGGAGAGAUUUGUGAUGAAUUGCGGUGGAGAACGCAAGAGGGACAUGAUCUCUUCUGCACUGGUUGAAGGAGUUGCUGAUAGAUUGGAAAGUUCCUCACUUGAAAUGGAAAAAUACACUGACGUGAAUAUGGAGCCAAGAAUAUCGACAAUCCUGACUACCUUUGAUAAUUCGUUUGAUCCGUAUGGAGCGCUUAGCAUCCCUUUGUACCAGACAUCCACUUUUAAGCAGCCAUCGGCCACGGAAAACGGGCCUUAUGAUUACACUAGAAGUGGAAAUCCUACUAGAGAUGUCUUACAAAGUCUUUUAGCAAAAUUGGAGAAAGCUCAUCGUGCAUUUUGUUUCACUAGUGGAAUGGCUGCUCUUUCUACCAUCCUUUCUCUUAUUGCCUCUGGUGAGGAAAUUGUUGCUGGAGAGGACAUUUAUGGUGGCUCCGGCCCAUUGCUCUCUCAAGUGGUCCCAAGGAAAGGCAUUGUGGUCAAGCGAGUUGAUACAUCUAAUUUGCUUGAAGUGGCUUCUGUAAUUGGAUCAAAGACUAAGCUUGUUUGGUUGGAGAGUCCUACCAAUCCUCGCAUACAAAUAGCUGAUAUACGUAAAAUAUCAGAGUUGGCUCAUGCACAUGGAGCUCUUGUUUUGGUGGAUAACAGUAUCAUGUCUCCAGUUUUGUCUCAGCCGCUAGAAUUUGGCGCAGACAUUGUGAUGCACUCGGCUACUAAGUUCAUAUCUGGUCAUAGUGAUGUCAUGGCAGGUAUCCUUGCUGUGAAGGGAGAAAGCUUGGCAAAAGAAGUUGCAUUCCUUCAAAAUGCAGAAGGUACUGGCUUAGCACCUUUUGACUGUUGGCUUUGCUUAAGAGGUAUCAAGACAAUGGCUUUGAGAGUGGAGAAGCAACAGGCUAACGCUCAGAAACUUGCUGAAUUCUUAUCAACUCAUCCCAGGGUGAAGAAGGUGAAUUAUGCAGGGCUUCCUGGACACCCUGGGCACUCUCUGCAUUAUUCUCAGGCAAAAGGUGCUGGUUCAGUGCUUAGUUUUUUGACAGGAUCUUUAGCUCUCUCAAAGCACAUUGCAGAGACAGUAAAAUAUUUUGCAAUAACCGUUAGUUUUGGAAGUGUGAGAUCGUUAAUAUCCUUGCCAUGCUUCAUGUCUCAUGCUAGCAUCCCUGCUGAAGUUCGUGAAGUGAGAGGCCUCACCGAAGAUCUCAUCCGCAUCUCCGUUGGCAUCGAGGAUGUCGAUGAUCUUAUAGCAGAUCUAGACUAUGCCAUAAGAUCUGGACCAGUUUGAUGUCCAACUUUGCAUGGUUCAUGAAGCCGACUAUCUUAUCCGCUUCUUUGUCGACAUUGAGAUUGCUGAUGAUCUUAAAGAUUAUCUAGAUUACGCAUAAGAAUGGGACAUGUUUUCUGUCUGAAGUUGCUGGAGACGUCUCACCGGCAACUCAUCCAGGCAUCGCCACAGCUUAAAGCCAAGACAUUCAUGGCAUCUUUUUUAUUGA